AUGGGUUUUGAGCUUCGGAAUGUGACGUUCGCAUAUCCCGGUAGCCUGGAUAGGCCGUCUAUGCGAAACAUCAAUGUCGACAUCAAGCCGAGCCAGCUUGUAGUGAUCGUGGGCGCUAACGGAAGCGGAAAGAGCACCCUCAUCAAGCUCCUGACGCGCCUCUACGAUCCGACGUCCGGCACUCUCGAGGUAGAUGGCCAACCGCUCGCUGCAUACCGCCAGCGCGACCUGCGACAGGCGACAGCUGUGCUCUCGCAAGGCCACCGCCUGUUCCCACUCUCUAUGGGUGAGAACAUCGGGCUCGGCUGCGUCGAGAAAGUACGUGACGUUGAUGCGGUCCGCGCCGCCGCUCAGGCUGGCGGAGCGACUGCAUGCAUAGCAAAACUGCGGCAUGGGCUGGAUACGGUGUUGGAUCCCCAAACGCGAGCAUACGGGGAGAAUGUGACCGAGGAGGAGGACGAUCCGCUUCGACAACGGCUUGAGGCCUUGGAAAAGCCGAUAGAGGUAUCGGGAGGAGAGACACAGCGUAUUGUCGCAGCGCGCACCUUCAUGCGACUCACCUCAGGCAAUAUACGCGCUGUAUUCGUCGACGAGCCCAGCUCCGCCCUAGACGCCGAGGGCGAGCUCGCGCUCUUCAACAACCUGUGCAAGGAGCGCGAGGGCAAGACCAUGAUCUUCGUGACCCAUCGGUUCGGCCAUUUAACGAGGGAUGCGGACCUGAUCAUAUGCUUGAAGGAUGGCGAGAUUGUCGAGCAAGGAGUGCACGCAGGUUUGAUGUCCAGCGGUGGGGAGUACAGUAAGCUGUACGAGAUCCAGGCGAGCGCCUUCCCCGCAGCUUAUGAUGACUGUGGACGCGAGGAUAGUAUGAACUCAUGA